AUGAAUACUUAAGAAAACAUUCUCUAAGGUAUGAAUUUAUUUAAGAAACAAAGCCAUAAACUUAAAAGCAGAGAAAAGGUUCUGUCUAAGUGUGAUCAGAAUGACUCAGAAGUGCUUUAUCACAUUGGAGACAUCUAUUUAAUAUUCAAGUAUCCAAACGAAGCUUUGUAAUGCUUCGAAAAUUCACUCAUCAAAAACCCCCUUUCAGCAGUGACCAUCAAGGAUAUGGGAAGAGCAUUCAUGCUUAAAAAAGAAUACACCAAAGCUGUAAACUGUUUCCUAAAAGCAUACAAAAUAGAUUAAUAAUAAUUAGACAUAUUUAAAUUGAUCACCAUGUGUUACAUGGAGAAUGGCGAAUAUGAUAAAGCCUUUGUUUAUGCCAAUUAAUAAUUAUCUCGCUUUCCGAAAGAUCCAGAUUCCUAUUGCUUGAGAGGUGCUUAUGCAAAUAUAUUCAUAGGGAAGUACUAUUUAAAUACAUGCAAAUAUGAACAAUCAAUUGACAGUCUCAAUAUAUGUCUGAAAUUGAGACCGAACAAUGCUUAUGCCUUGGGAACUAAAGGAUAAGCAUUUAUGAUGCUUGGAAAAAUGCACGAAGGACAUCAAUGUCUGAAUGAAGCAAUUCAGAUAAACCCCAACAUAGCAGAAUUACAUGUUGAUAUUGGAUUGCUUUUCGAAGGGAUGAGUAACAUCUACCUGGCUAUUUUAUCGUAUGAUCAAGCUCUAUAGAUCUAGCAUGACAACCCAAUAUCGAUUUAAAGAUUAUACAAUCUGAAAUUGCAUCAGUAUUAAAAAUUAGACAACAAUAAAUCACCGAAAACAAAGUUGACUUCAAAUUACAAUGAAACAAUCACUAAGAUUCCCUAAUCUCAGUAAUAUUAUAUUGCCUUAUUCUAUACCAUAUCUAAUUUCUUGUAGGGUUAUUUAAAUGUGAGUGAUAUGACCAAAUUGAAUUAUUAGAAGCAAAUAGGUUACAUUAAGAACCUAAUAGACAUCAGUCAUCAGUUGGGAGUGUAAUGCUCUCCAAUAUCUUCAUUCUUUAGAGGGAUUGAGUGCUAUCUAGGUAAAACUAACACUGAAAUUCAACAGUAUAUUUCUGAAUGGAUAAGCUAGAAAUACCUAAAAACCUUUAAUCUUAAAGACUUAAAUGUCAUUCUAUCAAAUAUUGUGGGAGAGGUUGUCAUUCACAAACAUUCUCAAUGCCUAUUUAACCAAGAAAACAACAAUCUGAAGGUUGAUCAUUUAUUGUCAAUAAUUCAAAAUAGUGAGAAUUAACUCUUCAAUAAUUAUUAGGCAAUAUAAGGAUUGCAUGAUGGUGUGAACAUGAUUCAAAGAAUGUUAAUAUUUUGUACUUCCUUUUUGAAAACUUGGGAUGCUGAUUUUAAAUCUAUUCUAAUCAAUAUUUUAUGUUAUGAUGAGUGA